GUAGUCUGGGGCUCUUAGCAAAUCUUUCCAACCCCUCUCGGCUCUCUGGCUCUUCCCAACCAGCCUAUACUUUCCCUCGACUUUUUUUCAUUCAGUUGUGGGUGACGUGUGAGAGUGGAGUUCCUGCCUUCGUUUCAUGCAGUUUGGUUUAGAGGGAAGGAGAGGGACUCAUGGAGAGGCAGACAUUUACUUAACCUGUCAAAGGGAAGACAAAUUGAAGGUAUAAACAAGAGGGACUGUUUGUGUUUUGGCCCGGGUGCGUAUGCUCUGUCCUCACAGGGGAGCCGGACGAAGAGGAGGAAAGACGUGGACACUAAAGCUGAGAGAGUGGGAGAAAGUAACCGACGCGGGGAGAGAGAAGAAGAUAAGUUACCCAAUUGAGUCACCCAUGGGCAAAGGUGGAUGAGAAGUUGAGGAGUCUGUCUGACACGGGAGGAGGAGCGCCAGCCUGGGUGGGACCACCAACACAGCCUUCCUCCAACAACAACAGGACAGGAUGAGGUACCAAGGCAGGGAAGUGGAUGUUGAAGGACGAGUGCGCAUCGUGAUGGAGAGUGCCCUGACUGCCCGGGACAGGGUCGGGGUGCAGGACUUUGUCCUGCUGGAAAAAUACAACAGUGAGGCAGCCUUAAUAGAGAACCUACGGAGACGCUUCGGGGAAAACCUCAUCUAUACGUAUAUUGGCUCAGUGUUGGUGUCAGUGAACCCCUACAAAGAGCUGGAGAUGUACUCCAAGCAGCAGAUGGAGCGCUACAGAGGGGUCAGCUUCUAUGAGAUCUCGCCUCACAUCUACGCCUUGUCAGACAACACUUACCGAGCCAUGCGCACCGAGAGGAAGGACCAGUGUAUUAUGAUAUCGGGUGAGAGUGGAGCAGGUAAAACAGAAGCGUCCAAGAAGAUCCUCCUCUACUACACUGUCACCUGCCCCAUCAAUGAACAUAUGGCGACCCUCGGGGACCGCCUGCUGCAGUCCAACCCUGUGCUGGAGGCAUUUGGCAACGCCAAAACAUUUAGGAAUGACAACUCCAGUCGCUUUGGAAAAUACAUGGAUGUCCAGUUUGACUUCAGGGGGGCGCCAGUGGGUGGUCACAUCCUGAACUACCUGCUGGAGAAGUCGCGUGUGGUGCACCAGAACCACGGCGAGAGGAACUUCCACAUCUUCUACCAGCUUCUGGAUGGAGGGGACGAUGACUUGCUAACCACACUGGCCCUGGAAAGGAACCCUCAGAGCUACAACUAUCUGGUGAAGGGCAACUGUCCCAGACUCAGCUCCGUCAGUGACAAGAAUAAUUGGAAAGUUGUGAUGAAGGCCCUGUCUGUUAUUGGCUUCACUGAGGAAGAAGUGCAGAAAUUGCUGGAUAUCAUCGCCAGUGUUCUCCAUCUGGGAAAUACUCAGUUUGGGGAAGGGGAGGAAGGAGAAACUUAUAUCACCACCGAGACUCAGAUAACACAUCUUGCGAAGCUGCUGGGUGUCGAUGUUUCAGCGCUCAGGGACGCACUCACUCACAAGAAGCUCACUGCCAAGGGAGAGGAGAUGAUCAGCCCCCUAAAUUUUGAGCAGGCAAUGUCCGCCCGCGAUGCUUUGGCCAAGGCUGUGUACGGUCGGACCUUCACUUGGUUGGUGGAGAAGAUCAAUCAGUCGCUGGCUCUGAAGGAGGAAAUCUACCACAGCGGUAAGGGCUGCACAGUUAUAGGGCUUCUGGAUAUCUACGGCUUUGAGGUCCUGCAGCACAACAGUUUUGAGCAGUUCUGCAUUAACUAUUGCAAUGAGAAGCUCCAGCAGCUGUUUAUUGAGCUCACCCUGAGAUCUGAGCAGGAGGAGUAUGAGACGGAAGGAAUUGCAUGGGAGACGGUGCAAUACAUUGACAACAAGAUAAUUUGUGACCUGAUAGAGGAGAAGCACAAAGGCAUCAUCUCCAUUCUGGAUGAGGAGUGCCUGAGACCCGGAGAGACCUGUGAUGUCUCCUUUUUAGAAAAGUUGGAAGACACACUGGGCGGCCAUCCCCAUUUUGUCACUCACAAGUUGGCAAAUGGAAAAACUCGCAGGGUAAUGAGUCGGGAGGAGUUCAGACUGCUGCAUUACGCUGGAGAGGUCAACUACAAUGUCAAUGGUUUCUUAGACAAGAACAACGAUUUGCUAAACAGGAACCUGAAAGAGGUCAUGUGCCAGUCAGACAACCAGAUCCUAUGUCACUGCUUCCGCAGAGAGGAAGUGAUCCACCAGAAACGCCCAGAGAUGGCCGCCACUCAGUUUAAAAACAGCCUGAUGAAACUCAUGGAGAUCCUCAUGUCUAAAGAGCCAUCCUACGUGCGUUGUAUCAAACCUAAUGACGCCAAGCAGCCAGGAAGGUUUGAUGAAGUUCUGGUCAGGCACCAGGUGAAGUACCUCGGCCUGAUGGAGAACCUGAGGGUCAGGAGAGCUGGCUUUGCCUAUCGACGUUGCUUUGAAGCCUUCCUGCAGAGGUAUAAACCCCUGUGUCCGGAGACGUGGCCCAAUUGGCACGGCAGACUCGCGGAUGGUGUCUCGACACUGGUCAACCACCUAGGCUACAAAGCAGAGGAGUACAAACUGGGCAGGUCAAAAAUCUUCAUCCGUUUCCCAAAAACUCUCUUCAGCACUGAAGAUGCACUACAAGCAAAAAAGCCAGAGAUAGCUUUGACCCUGCAGACGUCGUGGAGAGGCUACAGAGAGCGAGCCAAGUACCAACGCAUCAGACGCGCAGUGAUUACGAUCCAGUCUGCGUGGCGAGGGAUGAAAGCACGCAGGAGGGCGAAGAGGCGUCGACAGGCUGCUGAGUUAAUACGCAAGCUCAUAAAAGGCUUCAUCUACCGCCAUGAGGAAUACUGCCCUGAAAACGAGUAUUUCCUGGAUCAUGUGCGCUGUUCCUUCCUCAAGAAUCUACGUAAAAACCUGCCCAAGAGCGUUUUGGACCAAAACUGGCCGACGCCACCUCCGUCCCUCGUUGAGACCUCUGACCACCUGCGGAGACUGCACAUGAGAAACAUGGUCAUGAAGUAUUGCAGGAGAGUCCAGCCUGAAUGGAAGAAGCAGAUGAUGCAGAAGGUUAUAGCCAGUGAGAUCUUCAAGGACCAGAAAGACAGCUAUCCUCAGGGAGUUGGAAGGCUGUUUUUGGAUUCCAGGCUGGAACGUGAACAAAUCAAUCUCAAAGUCGUCCAGACCCUCGGCAAUGACAAAGUGCAGUAUGGUGUAUCAGUCGUAAAGUAUGACAGGAGAGGUUUCAAGCCUCGGCCUCGCCAGCUGCUGCUCACGAACACCUUCGCUGUGCUCGUGGAAAGGACCAAAAUCAAACAGAGGGUUGACUACACAGCUCUGAGAGGCAUCUCCGUGAGCUCUCUCAGCGAUGGGAUGUUUGUUCUGCACAUGCCCAAUGAGGACAAUAAGCAGAAGGGUGAUGUGGUACUGCACUGCGACCAUGUGAUCGAGCUGGUGACCAAACUGGCCAUGAUGGCCGGCAAGGUCAACUACGUCAACGUCAGCCCGGGCAGUAUUAGGUUUGUUCUGGCUCGAGGCAAAGAAGGAAUCAUUGAUUUUGUCAGGGGUUCAGAGCUGAAGGUGGCCAAAGGCAAGCGAGGACAUCUGCUAGUGAUUGCCCCUCAGACCAACGUCACAUGAAGAUACAGAAAACCAGCCAAUAAGCCUUUUAGCUAACUGGAGGACUGCGCCUCAGAAGUUUGUAUCGUGAUGUGUUCAUUUUUAGCCGACAGGACGAUACCACAAGCACACACAACAUACUCAGCAGAAGGAAGAUCCCUUUCAUAUGCAUCGUCAUAAUUAUUACAAGAAUGUCUUUAAUGUUGCAAUAAUUAGUUUUUUUUAGAUUAGAAAAUCAUAACAUGAAGUUGUCACUGUUUCAAUUGCUUCAUCUACUUUAUUUUCACUCAUACAUAAAUAUAUUUCCACUUUAUCAAAUAUCAAAUAUAAUAAUGUAAAACACUGUAUCUCUAAGAGACAUCAAAUAAACCACUUUGAAAUAAAUAGCAUGUUAAUAAAUAUGUC